AAAAUUCCAGAAGUGGCGACGAAAGAUCCGUGUUGGUGUUAGCCGGUUAGCUUCAAAGGAGAAGGCGCAGUACACAGUCGGUGUCCAAAAGGCGCGUAUUGGUUUCAUUGUUGGGAUUAAAACGCAGAAAAUUCAAGAAUAAAACGACGACGGGAUUGUUCGGUUUUCCCUUUAAAUCACAAGGAAAACUAGCAAAAGCCAGCCCCAUUGAUCAGGGAUCAGGUUGGCAACUGGAAAAAUGGACGAGAGAGUGACCGUGAUCAGUAACCCAACGGUGUCUGUGCGUUUGACCAGCACCCUCAGCUCCUUCGAAGUGAACCGGAGAUUCAACAGAGGGAUCACAAUCGCAGAGUUUAAGAGCAAGCUGGAGCUCGUGAUUGGCUGCCCUGCUGCCUCCAUGGAUCUUCAGUUGUUCAGCACCUCAGACAAGUUCUUGCAAAACCUUGAUGAUAAUGAAGCUCUGUUGGGUUCCUACCCUGUAGAUGAUGACUGCAGGAUACAUGUGAUUGACCGCAGCGGUACUUUAACUGGAGCAUUCAGUGAUUUGUCCAAGGUGGAGAAAUAUGAGAUUUCUGAAGAAGCAUAUCAGAAGAGAGCAGACUCAUUGCGGAAUUUCAAAAAGAACAUGAAGGUGGGACAAUUUAACGAGGAGAACAUGGCCAAGCGUGAGGAGGCACAUGUGCAGAAAGAGGAAGAGGAGAAAGCUGCAUUAGCCUCCAUCGCUGUCGGAAAGCGCUGCCAGGUUCAAGUCGCUGGACAGCCCACUAAGAUUGGCACAGUUAUGUUUGUGGGUACGACAGAUUUCAAACCAGGCUACUGGGUGGGUGUGAAAUAUGAUGAGCCACUUGGGAAAAACGAUGGCAGUGUGAAUGGGAAGCAGUACUUCAAGUGUGAACCAAAGUACGGUGCAUUUGUGAAACCUCUGUCCGUGACUGUAGGAGACUUUCCAGAGGAGGACUAUGGCCUGGAUGAGAUGUAGACUUUUUUUUUUGUUUGGUGUGUUUUUUUUUUUUUUUUUUUUUUUUUUUUGUUUUUUUUUUUUGAAGGGCUGUCAGGCUAAAAAAAAAAAAAAAAACCAAAACGCCACCUGUAAGGAUGAGCUCUGACUCUGGGCAGUAUAGUAUCAAGCUGUGACUAAAACAUUUAGUUUUCGGCUGGUCUGUAACAGGCUGAAAAAGUGGCCUUCACAGUAUCAAUAAACCAUGUGUUGAGUUCAUUCUUUGCAAACUGAAACAGUAAUUUUUGACGACUUCUCUGCUGUGGCCACUGGCAGAGAGCCGUUUAUAAGUUGAGGACAGGAGAAGAUGCUAAGUUACCCAAUGGGCAAAUCAGCUGAGCCUCAAUUAGUAGAUUGAUUGUUCUUUGCGAAGCGUUUUGCCGCAUGUUGGUUCUGCGUUUUCAAUUUCUGACUCUGUGUUUCGCCGAACAUAAGUGUUUUCUGACUCGUCAUCUUCAGCAGCUCCUUUUAAUAAAAAGGGGAAGUCCACCAAUUUUUCAAAAUUUCUGCAGAGUUUAGUCGUUGAGCUGUAAACAGAGUCAUUUAAAGUGUUAGAGAAACAAACACAUUGAGAUUUCUUUACAGUGGUGGUGAUAGAAACCAUGGGUCACAAUGUCUACAACACAGAUAUAGCCAUUUUAUAUUUAAUAUCCAAAAUGACAAAUGAACCUACACAUCUAUUUUAUGUGUAUUUAUGUGAUUCAGAAAACUUUAUUGAUCCCAGAGGGAAAUUGCAGAUAAUAGCAAAAUAGUGAUAAAUCCAAAAAAGGGUGCCGUUUCGCUCUGCAAAAACUUCUUCACCAUGAAUUGAUUUUUAAAAAUAUUUUAGGCCAAAAUCUGACCAAUUAAACGAUGGUAAAACAAUGUCUUUGACAUCAGGUGGAGUACUUGUAUCGUUUUGUUUUGAACUAUAUUUUAGAAGUCUUAUUUCAGACGGCUGGUUCCAUUCACCACCACUGUUUCUCACUAAGAGUGGUUUAAUUUACAUCAAACCGCUUUAAAUGACAAUGUAAUUAUGCAGAAUUUUUUUUCAGAUUUGGUUUUUGAAUGUAUAUAUGUAUAAUAUGUAUACACAUUUUUGGACAUUCUUCUAAGACUGUUUAGAAAAAAAAUCCUUGAUUUUCUGUGCUUGUACUUUUGUCCUCUCAUCUAAUGUUAAUAGUGCACUACCUUGUCUGUUUCUUUGUUUCACUUCUUGUGUUUUCAGAGCAAAUAAUCUGUGUUCGGCUCUUCAGAUGAAUCAUAUAAAAAGUCUCAGUCUUACAGUAAAUACGGACACGGAUGGCGAUUUUGUUCCUCUACAGAAUAAAGAGGUUUUGAUGCACAGCAGAUUCUGAAUGGAGAUAUGAAGGGGGUGCUGCUCUGCAAGUUUACCUGUUGCACUUAUGCAUGAAUCUGCCUUAAUUUCAGCACCGAAUAAAGAGGUAAUGUUUUCAGUUGGCCAGCAGCCGGUCCACCAUUCCCUGUUUCAUUGCAGUUUCAGCACCAAAAGUGCAGACUGCUCACCAAUGUCCAGCUUCUACUGGGCCUCUAUUCACCAGUUAGGAUACAUAAGAUAAUGUGGAUUAAGUCAUUUUUGCAAUCCUGAGUGGUUUUACUAUCUUUUGUCCUGUGGAUUUUCAAGUAGUUAGUGAGCCACAAUGUAAAGACGCCAAACACGCUGAAAUAAAACUGAAUGUUUUGUACAUGUUGGAACUUGAAUGUUUGUGGUGAAACCUCAAAGUUAAGAAGUUUUGAUUUAAGGUUUUAAUGCAGCUGUGAUACGUCAGCAAUACAGUUACGUUGAAGUUCUCUCUUCUGUAAAGCACCAUAAGCGAAUCUCCUGAAGUGUAUAUUUGCAUAGUUUAAAAGCUUUUCAUUUUGGGCUCGUUUUUUUUAUUUGCAUUUUUAUUUGAAACAUGUCUGAGCUCGAAACUGUCAGGUUUACUCUCAGUGGGUCCAGUGGACUAAAUGUGUUUAAACCCUGAAAAAUCUGCUGUCUGAGCGUUUCGUAUGCCAGAAUGUGAUCAUGGCUUCUGCUAGAAUAAACAACCAACAUGAAAAGCUUGCAAAUACUUGUGGUGACUGAUGAACUUGUUCAGUAGGCAGAGGGAUUCGUAAACUGUCACAAUUAUUCAAUUAAAAAAACUGAUUGACCUUUU